GGAUGGAAGUCUAUGCACCAGUGGAGAGGUACGGUCACUCUACAGUGCAGGUAGGAGACUACCUGUACAUGUGGGGUGGGAACCAGCCUGAUCUCCCUGAAGUACACAAUAAUGAAGAGAAGAAAUCAAUGUGUUCUGUAGUGGAGGUCUGUCAUGUACCAACUGGUGAGUGGGUACAAAAGCCUACCACUGGUGACCCGGCUCCACUUGGUGUCCGUGGCUAUGCUGCUGCUGUCAUUAGAAAUGAAAUAUUCUUUUUUGGAGGCUAUUGUGGUCAUAAGGGCUGUUUUCAUAAUAGUUUAUACAGUUUUAAUGUUGAUACCUUCAAUUGGAAGGAACUCUCUCCUACUACAUCUCAUCAUGGUCCUAUGAUGAAGUCCGGCUCCAGCAUGAUAGCAAUAAAAGUGAAAGAUGAGGACUAUCUUGCAGUGAUUGGAGGGUGUGGAUCAUCUAAUAAUAACCCACCACAACCUGGUGCCCAGUACAGUGAAGAUUCAAAUGGCUAUCAACGUUGCAAUGAAAUACAUACGUACAGAUUAAAAACUGAUGAAUGGACUUCGCCGACAGUCACUGGAGAUAGACCACCUCCUAUUAACUACUUCACUUUAACAUCAAUAACUAAUACCACUGCUAUAUUGUUUGGUGGUUAUUUUGGUGAUGAGAGAUGGAGUAAUGAUGCAUAUGUAUUUGAAUUUACUGAUACAUCAGUGAGAUGUACAGAGUUUCCUAAUCCUGGAGGAUCAGUACCAUGGCCAAAGGAGAGAAGUGGUCAUUCCAGUGUAUUGAUCAACUGUAGCUCAGGACCACACCUACUAGUGGUGGGUGGAUUUGCUGGAAUUAGGUGUACCGAUGACUGUUGGUUGUUAAAUAUAAACAAAAUGGAAUGGAAAGAACUGACUAAUAUACCAGACAGUGUCACUGAUAGAGAUUCUCAUUCUCUCUCAGUUUGGAAUGAGACACAGACCACUCACUGGAUAAUUGAGUUUGGAGGAGAGAGAGAUUAUUCAUCAAUCAGUGAUACAAGAUUUAUUGAAAUCAGUGAGUACAUGUAUACAUUAAAUGAUUGA